GGCUAUGUAACUAGCAACUUAAGAUGACAUAACUGUAAGAGAUUUUAAGAGUAGCAGGGAAAAAGUGUCCUAAAUUACACACUUACAUGUUUUUUACAUUGAAAAAAAGUUUUAAAAAAUUAAGUAAAUAAAAAAGAUAAGGAUGUGGAGAGCUCCAAUGACUAGGUUUGCCUUGGGUCCUCAAAUGACAAAAUACGCCCCUGGCCGUGCUAGAUGACAUGAAACCUACAGGCCAAUACAUAAUAGGCAGCAGGUGUUUGAAUUCAAUUGACAGAAUUGAUAACAUUACCUUCUUCUCCGUGUUGAUCAUAAAUGUCCCUUUUCUUUGGGUCGCUGAGGACCUCAUAAGCCUCGGCGAUCUCCUUAAAUUUAUCCUCGGCGGCCGCAGACUUGUUCUUGUCGGGAUGCCAUUUCAGCGCCUGCUUUCUGUACGCUUUCUUGAUGUCCUCCUCUGUGGCUCCUUUACUGAUGCCCAGCGUUUUAUAAUAAUCUUUGCCCAUCGUUUUCUGCAUUUAACUUCAAAGCCUCGUCGAUGAAAAGGGAGAGAGGCGAAAAAAGCUUCUUCAGCCCGGACUAACGUCCACCGAGUCGAAUAAGACAGAGCAUUUGGGAGACGAAUGCUGAGCUCCGUGUUAUUAUAUUGUUAUUAUAUGCUGCUUGCAGGGUGACCCUUUAAAUAGACAAAGCGUCUCCCUCCUCUGCAGGCUGCAGCAGCCUUCGACGUGCGUCAAGCUCAGCGCCUGAGACCAUUCUACUUCUGGGUUGAGUUUCAGGCGCGAAAGCUACUUGACUCGGUGCUGUUUACCUGAACUUUUGUUGUUAUGUUGUUUUAAAACGUCAUUGUGAUUAAAUGUCACCUACCACUUUAUACUUUCAAUUUGAUAGUACUCGCAUGUAUCUUAAUUAUCGCAAUAUAGUCGAUAUAUUCGUCAUAUAUUACAAGGAUGUGGUAUUUGACGUGAAGCAGGUAGACCAACAUUGUUAUUUCAAAUAUGCUUAUUCGUCAAAUGAUAGUCUCUGGCAUCAAUCAACUAAAAAUACACAACAAUGUGCAAAAAAAUAACGUUUGAAGAAACAGACUUUGCAGCGUUCGUACCGAGUGUUUAUUUUGAAAUAGCGCUUCCGUUUUUUAAUACAACUAGUUGCAUUGAUGUCCAACUCUGGGAGCCAGGAGAUUUUUGGAGAAGGGAAAAUUAUUUGUCGGCGGGGGGUUUACACUAUACCGGGUUCCAGUUUGCCAGGUGACAAAUAAAAAAAUACUAACAGUGACUAGACAGAACAAAACAGUCUGUUCCGGAUGUGACGCCACCACUGACCGCAUGCUGAAUCGCAGUAUGAAAAGUUACGUUUGCGUGAAAGGAGAAACGAUGCAAGAUGACUAUCAGAUGCAACUGCAGCGCUAUCUGCCGUUUCAAGAUGGCAAUGCAGUUUCCCGAUUUAUUGCUGCUGCUGAGGAUGCUGCAGAUGAUGCUGCUGUUGCUGUGGUGGUGGUCCACUAGCAGUGAGUCAGCACCGGAGCAGGUCUGCUGUGAAGUAAUCAGCACCAAUGGAUCAGUUCCGCGGUUUAUUUGUCAAACUGGACCAGAACAAUGAUGGCUUCAUCUCACUGUCGGAGCUCCACAGAGAAAUGAGCAAGCAUGGCAUCUUGGCGGCGGAUGCCAAGGUCCAGAAUGUCAUUGAUUCCUAUGACAAUGACAACAACGGUGUGCUGGACUAUGAUGAGUUUCUCAGCUACAUGAUGGACAGAGAGAAGAACUGGAAAAUUUACUUUCAUCACCUGGACAAGAACAAGUGUGGGGUGAUUGACCAGGAGGACAUCAUAUGUUUGUUUAAGGAGUUAGGAGUGCUCAUUUCAAAGGCCAAUGCCAAAAAAGUAAUACAAAUGAUGGACACAGACAAUUCGAUGACAGUGGACUGGGACGAAUUCCUGCAGCACGUCAUCCUCAAGCCCGUGGACACCAUCGGGGAGUUGGUGUCAUCAUGGAAACACAGUCUGGUUUUCAAUGUAGGCGAGAGCCGAGCGCUGGCCAUUGAGUUUCCCGAAGACAAUUCUGGUGUUGGUGCGUGGAGGACAUUUGUUCUUGGUGCAGGAUUGGCUGAUGCUGUAUCCCGAACGGCUACAGCUCCCAUCGACCGUCUCAAAACCCAACUGCAGUUUUAUGGAUCCAAAGCCUUCUCUCAAGGCUUUCAGGAGAUUAGGUCCGGCGGCCUGCGUUCCAUGUGGCAAGGCAAUGCUGUCAAUGUGCUAAAGGGGACGCCGCAGUCCACACUUCAGUGUCUUGUCUACGCUCAGAUGAAGGUGUCCAUUCAGGACAGAAGUCAGAAGAAUCUAAGUGUCCGGCAGCGCUUUGGCUUGGGUUGUGUGUCUGGUGCUGUUGCUCAUGCCGUCUUCUACCCUUUGGAGGUGUUGAAAGUGAGACUCAACUUGCAGCGAGUGGGUACCAAUCACGGUGUGGUGGCGUGCGCACGCUCCAUCUAUAGGCAUGAGUCCUUGUCCUCGUUCUACAGGGGCUUCAAACCCAGCAUCCUGUGCAUGAUCCCUUACGCAGGUGUGGAGUGUGCAGUUCAUCAGUCUAUCGUGAACUGGGCCCAGAGUGAUCCAACCUACAGCAGUGACUCCAUGCUGUUCUUCUUCAGUUUUGUGGCCUUUGCUUGUGGACAAAUGACCAGCUACCCUUUGGCAGUCAUAAGAACGCAGCAGCAAGCACAAGCCUUCUCAUCGCAUUCACAAGCUACAUCAGGUGUACUGCAAGGCCUUCUUGGGAUUUACCAGAAACAUGGACUGAGGGGAUACUACAAUGGAAUGGGAGCCAGUUUCGUCAGGGCUGUUCCUUGUGCCCUCAUGAACUUAAUCUUAACAAGAACAUUUGAAAAUCUCUUUUCCUCGACAGAAACCUGAGAUUUAGCAGAGGUGUUGUGUUCUCUAUUGCCUUCUCAAGAAGAAAAUUAAGGGGUGUGCUCCUAUCAGCCACAUUGGAUUAGCUGACGUAACACUUAAUACACGUGCAACUGAAUUAGAAGCACAUUAUUGUUGUUGCUUAUUUCAAACAGAAAUGCUGUGGGAGAUUGAACUGCUAGAUUUGCGUUGGUGAUUGUGUAAUAGUUUAGGUAUUCUCUUGUCCAGUGUUGUUUAUGUGUGUAAAAUAUGUAUGUAGAGUGUCACUGAAUGGGAAUACAGUAGCUUCCGACAUCUCAUAAAAAUAAGACAACAGCUCUCCACCGGUGGGGCCAUUCUUUUUAAUGUCAUUCCUCAUAAAAGUAGAUUCCUGUGCUGGUCGUAA